UUUUUUUUUGUAGUUUUCCUAUAUCCGAACAAUGAAUUUUUCAUCAAGUUUAAAAGUAUCCUUUUCUCAAUAUUUCAUCUCUGUGGUUUAUGUAAAUAAAAUCAUCUCGAGAAUUUAAAAUUUAUGUUUGCUGUAUGCAAAUACUUACAUAGUUUUAUAUCUGUUGAGUUUUAAAAAAAAUUGAUUUUGUUAUGAUAAAGACGAUGAAAUCCAUUGAUAAACUGAGAAUUUAAGAACGUCUUUUUUAUAGAAAUUCUAUCGAAGGGAAAACAACGGACGUUUGAUCUCAUGUUGGACACAUCUGCAGAUCUCAAUGAGACUAGCAAAAGUCUAAACAGCUUCAUUUAAAAAUUCGAUAACUUGAUGAAGGAAUAUUUCUUCCCGCUGAAACUUUCAGGAUAUUCUAAGAGUGAUUAGAUCUAUCUAUAAGUAUAAAGUUUUGAAUAAAAAAAUCUAGUAAAUAGAUCAUAACCUGAUGCAGAAGGUCAAUGUCGACGAAAACCCUUUUAGACUUUCGCUAUUCCUAUUGAGACCUGCCUGUAGAUUCAAUAUGAGCUCAAAUAAGAGGUAUUACUUGGAACAGUUCUCUCAUUAGAUUUCUUAUUAUUUAAGUAUAAUUUUCUCUUAAGAUAAAACCGAACCAAUACCUGAAUCAAUUAAUGAAGAAGAUGAAGAUGAUAAUAAUGUACAUAUUCUCAAUGAUCAUGGACAUAAGAAACAGGAUAUUUCAACUCAACGAUUACCACAUGUCUAUUUCGAUGAUGAUCUUAAACCAUGUAUUGUUGUUGUUGGCGAAGAACAUAAUGAAGAAAAUGGACAAGAAACAAAUGAAUAUGAAGAUUGGCAUAAUAUUAUUGCCGGUGGUAAACAAGUUUUAGUUUCAAAAAAGAAAAAACAAUCAUCAAAAAUUAAUUCUAUUGAACAUUCAACAAUUACAAAUCUUCCACUUACAACUAAUAUUCGUUUAAAACCUCAAGCAACUGAAUAUAAUUCAUUAAUAAUACCAAAUAAUUGUCGUGGUUUUAUUCAUAAUUCAAAAUUAUAUGAAACAUUUCGUUUACGUUUACGUCGUUCAUUUCCAUCAAUAAAUAUAUAUUUUCAAUCUGAUACAUAUACAAUAAUUAUUGAUGGAAAUAUUAAAUUAAAUAUUCAACAAUGUCUUAAUUAUCUUAAUAAACUUAAUUCAUAUAAACAUAAUAUUUUAAUAUCAUAUGAAAAUUUUCCUCAAACAACAAUAACAAAUAUUAUGCGUAUGCAACAAUCAACAGCACAAAUAAAACUUGAUAGUAAAGCUAAUUAUAAUCGAAUAUUUCGUUCAACAUAUCGUCUUAUUGAUUAUCAUUUAAAACAAUAUUAUAAUCAACAACAAUGUAUUUAUUGUCGACGAUCAAAAAAAAAAUUUCAAAUAACUUAUUUAGAAUUUCCAUGUGAAAAACAAUCAAUAGAUGAAUUAAAUAAUUUAAUAGAACAACGUGUUUUACAAUUAUUAAAUAUACGUUUUACAUAUAUUGCUAUUGCAUUAUCAGCUGAUUUAAUGACAACAAAACGUUGGGCAAUAUUUUAUAAAAAUUUAACUAAACAUAAAGAAUUAAAUAAAACUUUAUUAAUAAGAAAAAUUAAUACAAUUAUACAAGUUUAUGGUUUACAUGCAAAUGUACAACAAGUACAAACAUUAUUAACUAAAUUUUUAGAUGCUAAUCGUUAUGAAAUUGAUGUUAUUGAAACUGAACAGGUAAACAUAUGCAUUUACAUAGACGAUACAAUGUUUUGA